AUGGAUGAAAAUUGCUGCCGCACUUGUUUAAAGACAGAUGGUAAAAUGUUCGACUUAUUUGAAAAUAAUAAUUUUUCAAACUUGGAAAUACUACAAUCUUGUACACUAAUAAACAUCCAGAAAGGAGAUCUCUUACCAAAUAAAAUAUGUGAAGUAUGUUACACAGCUCUGACUACAUUUUGCAUCUUCAAAAAGCAGGCCGAAGAUGUAGAUAAGAAAUUAAGAAGCAUGCUUCUAGUUACUCAGGAAUACUAUAAAGAUAAACUAAAUGAUACUGGGGAAACAAAGUUAAAGAUGAAAUUAAAGAAUAUUUAUACAUCAUGCCUUAAAUGUAAACUUUGUGAUAAGAAAUUUAAGAAUCAGUCAAGAUUUGAGCAACAUAUAAAACAGCAUAAAGGUUUAGAUGACAGUACAACAACAAAUAAAGUGCAGCAUUUAGAUAUUAAGAAUAAUAAAGUAACAGAUGGGCAACAAUUUUCAUGCACUAUCUGUAAUACCAACUACAAAUCACAAAAUUCCUUAUCUGCCCACAAACGAAAGCACACAAUAGCGGGACGGGUGCUGUCAUGUCUGAACUGUGGAAAAAUAUUUAAAAAGCUCAGUCAUUUGCAACGCCAUGAGCGAACACAUACAGAAAAUCAACCGUACAAGUGCACAUUGUGCACAAAAUCAUUUCCAAUAGAAAUUCUGUACACGGAACAUAUGAAUAUGCAUAAUGAUAUUAAAAAUCAUGUCUGUGCAAUAUGUAAGAAGGCAUUCUCGCACUUGUCAACAUUAAAGUCUCAUAUGAACAAACAUUUAAAUAUUAAACAGUACCUAUGUCCGUUUUGUGGAAAGAUGUUUGAUUGUAAUACAAAUUUGAAUCAACAUAUGAAAAGGCACGCUGGUAUAAGGGCCUUUGUUUGCAGCUUGUGUCCUAAAGAAUUUGUUACUAGAGGAGAGUUGAAGACUCAUGUAAAAACUCACACAGGAAUGGCAGCCUGUCCCUGCGAUCAGUGCGGAGCUCUAUUCAAGCAUCCAAGUUCUUUGAGGAAACAUAAAAAGAGACAUCUUGGUAUUAAACCAUUUCAGUGUGUUACCUGCUUUAAGGCAUUUGAGAGUAACAUGGCUUUGAAGAUUCACAAUCGGAAACAUACAGGCGAGAAACCAUUUAACUGUGACAUGUGUACUAAGAAGUAUUCAUAUAAGAGCGACCUCGUCAAACAUAUUUGCGCCCAUUAUGGAGAGAAGAUGCACAAGUGUUCUCGGUGUCCGGAAAGUUUUCAUCUAAAGAGGGAGCUACUAGACCACAAUGUUUCAAAGCAUAAUGAAAUUGCAGAGAAUUAUAAAGCCAGCUAUAGUAUAAAUGGAAAACAUAUUAAAGAUAGUAGAGAUUUGAAGGAAAGCUUGUCAGAUUUAAAAUGA